GCAGUUUUGACACUCACGUGCGUUACUUGUGACAACAGGAAGAGAGAAGUGACAUUUACAUUGUGGCAACAAAAAUUAUCUACUUUUGUCGAUGGUGCUUUAUUAAUAACAAUUAAACAUCAUGGCGUCUAUUUUCAAAGAAACGCAAAGCAUCAAAGAGGCAGUGGCUUUCAUCAAUGCUAUUGACGUGAACAAAUUCUCAAGACUGAUCUCUAGGAUCAUACAGAAACUUCACCUGAAGGGAGAGCGGAUACUUAGUGAAGACGAGGAGCUGAAGCUUCAAGCAGCGCUAUCAUUGGAAAAACCUGCUCUCACGCUAGUUCUCGAAACAGUCUCAUUUAUCCUGGAACAAGCGGUGUAUCAUAAUGUGAAGCCGGCAUCACUACAGCAGCAGCUGGAGGCGGUCCACGUGAGCCCGGAGAAGGCGGAGGUGUUCACCCAGACAUGGGCCACCGCUGGCCCGGAGCUGGUGGAUAAGCUCAGGCAGACCGUCUUCGCCCCAAAGAAGCUGGAACACGUUGGCUGGCAGUUGAACCUGCAGAUGGCUCAGUCCAGCCAAGCCAAACUGAAGGACCCCAGUGCUGUGCUGCAGCUGGGCCUCCGCGCCGAGGACUCAGAGGCGCAGGAGAAUAUAUUUGUCGAGUUCAGCCACCAGGAGCUGCUUGAGUUCUACAACAAGCUAGAGAUCGUUCAAGGCCAGUUGGAUUCGCUCACUUGAUGGCCGCCAUCCCGGUCAUCGUGUUGUUUUACAGCGGCCGUGCCAGCUGACUCCCUGUUACCACAGUUGGCUUUCUGCAACAGAGGCACUGUCAUCCAUACAAGAGAAUUAGCCGAGUUUAGAACCAGAUGCUAACAGUGUUUUUGUUUAUUCCCUUUCUUGUCAUUUAAAACCAGGUAAGCUGAACUAACAGAGUCUGUGGGUGGAUCUAAUUUGAUUCGGUGCCAGAUAUUCAGGAAGUCAAGUUGAAUAUGGUUUAUGUCAUACUGUGUGUCCAUGCAAAUCAGACAUAUAUGAAUCUUUAUUUCGUUUCAAGAACCUUUUAUACAUCAAAAAUUGUAGGACCAACCCAAUAGAGGGUGAGAAGCUAUAUAACCGCGGUUCAUAUAACAUGGAAAUGACAUACAAUUUGUGCACUCUUCAGAAAACAGCGGUUUUAUACCACCCUACCAAAUGUAAGUGUAAUGUACAGUGCAGUUCAAUCUUAAUAAUAAAAUGUUUCAUGCCGUUUGAAUAAAAUGGACAGUGGAGAUUUACCGUG